AUGGUUAUCAUGACCGUGCUCUCUACACCAGCCUUUCUCGUGAUGAAGAAUCGCAUUCCACCAUCGCCAGCCAACAGCUUUGCGCCCAUGGACUUGUCAUUCACCAAGCGCGUUCCAUUCUGGGUGUUCCAAUUUGGUAACUUCAUGCAAGGACUAGCCUACUUCUUCCCGCAGCUUUGGAUCCCAUCAUUCGCAGCAUCAUUGGGCUUACUCUCUUUCGCUGGAGCUCUUGCACUUUGUUUCUUGAACAUUGCCGCUGUGAUAGGCUAUCUCGGUCAUGGGUACCUGUGCGACCGCCUCAGCAUCACAUCCGUGCUGCUUCUCUCCACCAUAACAUCAAGCUCCUCGAUCUUCAUGCUGUGGGGCUUCACAACUUCGCAGGCAAUGCUGUACGUCUUCUCAAUCAUCUGGGGUGUGAGUGGAGGCGGCUAUGCUGCUACUUGGAGUGGUAAAGCGAUGGCCAUGGGACAAGAACUGCGGAAGCACAGACACGAUGAAUAUACCAGCAUCGACACCGGCCUUGUCAUAGGCUUGCUUUGUGUAAGCAAAGGUGUUGCGAGCUUGAUCAGUGGGCCUAUCAGCGAGCAACUGCUGAAUCUGCACACAAGUGGAAAGUUCGCAUAUGGUGGGCAGUAUGGGGCCAUCAUUGUGUUUGCGGGUGUGACGGCUUUGAUGGGUGGCACGGCGUGUUUCAUGAAGCCGUUGAAAGUGCUGUGA